AUGAGGGUAACGCAGGAGAACAGAAAGAAAGAGCGGCGGAAAAAGCGUCAUGAUUCUGAUUCCCCAGUUUGGAAGAAUACUAGGCGAAGCAGUUCGUGUGAUGUGUUGCAGUCAAAGUAUUCCGAGAUUGCACCAAGUUCUUCUGUGGACGACGUUACCACUCCGGGCCGAAUGAAGAGAAAUAAGAAGAGCACUAGUGUGAAUCGAUCAUGGCCGAACUCACCUAUCAAGGGACGUCCAUUUGAAGAUCCGAAUUGUAAUGACAUUGGCUUCGGACUUGCGCAGAAUGGCCAAAGGUGUUGUAAACGUCCUGACGCAGCACCGUCUUCUUGUAACACUUGUAGUACUGAUGUCAGCCACGCGUGCGAAAUACACUUGCUCCAGCCGCACUCAAGUGGUGUGGUCUCAAGUGACUCAAUAUCAUCGCCGGAAAGGGUUUCCCGACAAUCAUCACGGCAGACCUCCCCUGAGAUCUCGAGGAACAGCUCAGACAUCGUUGGGCGAAAGAACACAAGAGCUGAUGCAGACCAGCCAAAUGGCUCAGAAGAAAAGGAAGCAAAUUCGAAGAACACUGGGUCACUUAACAUCUCGUGCACAGCACCGAUACGGAGUAG